CCACUAUUCAAAAUUUCAACUUCCCGCUAAGCCUCUGCGCCACCGUCGUCGAUUGCAAACUAACGAUCUUGCUCCACAGCACUCCGCAUCUCUCUAUAUUACGGUGCAGUUUAGGGUUUCAAUUUUGCUUUGCUUUGCUUUUCAACAACAAAUUUUGUGUUCAUCAAACCCUAACGCCUAAUUUCAGGAUUCCGUUUACUCUUGUUCGAAUUAUGGAUCUGGUAGUCGCAACAGUUAGCGGAUACCAUGGAUCAGAGAGAUUUAAGCUUAUCAAACUCAUAUCUCAAGCCAGUGCAAGUUAUGUUGGAGCAAUGAAUUCCUCUACCACGCAUCUGGUGUGUCACAAAUUUGAAGGCAAAAAAUAUGAACUUGCUAAGAAGUUUAAGACAAUUGUGGUGAAUCAUCGUUGGAUUGAGGAGUGUAUAAAGCAAGGCAGGCGUGUCUCGGAGCGGCCCUAUAUGAAGCAAUGUGGAUAUGAGGUGGGGCCCUUGCUGUUGGAGAUCCCGAAUGCUGCUAGUGAAGUUAGAAGUGUGCUCGGUGAAGUAUCUAACAAUAGAAACUUCUCCAAAACGCCUGUCAUCGACAUCGAAUGUGGGGAUGAUGAGUGGACUGAUUCUUGGUUGUUGAAAGAGAAUCUGCUUCCUGAUACGAGACAGAACAAGGAUCGUUCAAAUAGAUUAAAGAAAAAAGGCACUAAGAGAUGCUCAAAGCAAGAUGACUUAUUGAAAAACAAAUACUGUUUAGAGGAGUCUCCUUCAUUUGGCUUGAAAAGCAUAGAGAAAAGGAAAAACACUACCAUAGGUGAACCCUCCAGAAGAAAUCGCAGGCUGAUACAUAAAAAUACGUAUAACGAGUUAUCAUCUUCCGAAUCCGAGGAAGGUUUCAAACAUUCAGAUUAUUCUCGGAAACAUGAAAGAAGACCACAUCAUGAAACUAGGUUUCAUAAUCAUGGGAAACGAAGAAAUUUGAUAUUGGAAGAGAUCGAAGAUUUGGGUACAACUUCUAGUCGUGAAGAUCACUAUACAGAAGUUGAUCAUGGCGACUGUGAUAAAAUGGAAUAUAAUCCCAGAUUGUCCAAAGAAGUGCUUUUAUCAUGUGUGAUAUGCUGGACAGAAUAUAGUUCAACUAGAGGAGUUCUGCCAUGUGGACAUCGCUUUUGUUUUUCAUGCAUACAGAACUGGGCAGAUCAUAUGGCUUCAAUGAAAAAAGUUUCCACAUGCCCUUUAUGCAAAGGCAAAUUUUAUAGCAUACAAAAGAUGGAAGAUGCUGAAUCUUCUGAUCAGAAAAUAUACUCUCAGACAAUUCCUAACAACUGUCCAUUAAUGGAUGUAUACAUUAUUCCACAUGGUGAAUCAUCUAUACAUCAAAAUAUGCCACCACCAACGCCAGUUUGUUACCAGUGCAGUUGCCGUGAGCCUGAGGAACUUUUAAUAAGUUGUCAUAGUUGUCAAAUUCGUUGCGUGCAUUCUUAUUGUUUGGAUCCACCACAAAUUCCAUGGGUUUGUGUCCAAUGCAAGGAUCUUCGAAUGCGAUAUGUACGUUAAAUUUCAUUCAAUGAUAUUGUUAUACGG